AUGACUCGCAAAAUCAUCGUCACCGGCAUUUCCCCAACUGCAUCAGAAAAGACUGUCAAGGAUUUCUUCCUGUUCUGUGGUAAAAUAAAAGAAUUUGAACUUUUCAAAGACGAGACUAGUGAUAAACAAAUCGCAUAUAUUACUUUCGAACGAGAAAACGCUGCAAAAACUGCUCUCAUGUUGACGGCCGCAGUAAUUGGUGAUAGUCAAAUUACAGUCAGAUCUGCUGAUGACCCUACUACCAACGGUGUCGAUGAAGUGUACGACGCUGAAGAAAUAUCUCAAGAGGAAAAGCCAAAAUCGGCAAUCUUUGCUGAAAUCUUGGCCGCAGGCUAUCAAUUAUCCGACCACAUUAUCGAAAAAGGCCUCGAAUACGAUCGUACAUAUGGAAUAAGUCAACGUGUAAAGCAAUGGUUACAAGCUAUAACGACAAAUCUCUGGAAAUGGGAUGCCAAAUAUAAAGUCUACGAAACCAUCACUGAAAAAGCGACAGAAAUCGAUGUUAAAUUCGCUGUACAAGAUAAGGUCAAAUCUACAGCCGCAUAUGCCCAGGACAGAGCAACUGUGGCACUGCAAACUCCAAUUGGUAAACGUGUGGCCGAUUUCUACACUUCAACCACAAAAACUGUUGCUGAUGUUCAUUUUGAAGCAAGACAGCUUGCUAAUGACAAAAAGACUCAACGAGAAUCAAGUGGUAGUAUCGAAGCCAUCGAAGUAGCCGCUCAAUAA